AUAGACUGCCGUGUCAGUAAGCCGCCGGGAAACAUGACUUACUUUUAGACUCCCUUACUAAAUUAUUUUGCAAAUUCUUUUGUUUAGAGAUGUUGAGAUCGUCGCAGAUGUGGUUUGUUUGCCUUUUAGUGGCUGUACUUCAUUUUCCCAGCUCGUUUUGUGGCCAUGUGGUGCAGCUUAAUAGUCAAAAUUUCGAUCAAACACUAGCAAAUAAUAAACUGGUUUUCAUAAAUUUUUACGCCGAUUGGUGUAGAUUCAGUCAAAUGAUAGCUCCAGUUUUUGAACAAGCAUCUGAUCUUGUCCAUGAAGAAUUUCCAAGUGGCGUUGUGUUUGGUAGAGUGGACUGUGAGUCAGAACAGGAAAUUGCACAGCGAUUUCACAUCACCAAAUAUCCAACUUUAAAGAUGUGGAGAAAUGCACAGGUUGCUAGAAGAGAAUACAGAGGUCAGAGGUCGGUAGAUGCUUUUUCAAAGUUCAUCAAGGAACAGAUGACGAGCAGAAUUAUAGAAUUUCAUGCCUUGAGUGAUCUCAAUGUUGAUACUUCUAAGAGAACUAUCAUUGCUUACCUUGAAAGCAAAGACAGUGACAACUUCAAGACUUUUGAAAAAGUGGCAGAAGAGUUUAGAGAUGAUUGCAGUUUUCAUGUUGGAGUUGGGGAUGCUUCUCUCAAAGAAAGACAGACAGGAGAAAAUAUUGUCUUCAGGCCUCAACAUAGAGGUGCUGAAGGAGAAAUGGUUUACAUGGGAGAUCUUCGCAACUAUGAACUCAUGAAGAGUUGGAUUUCAGACAAGUGCAUUCCUCUGGUCAGAGAAAUAACUUUUGAGAAUGCUGAAGAACUCACUGAGGAGGGUAUUCCGUUUCUUCUUUUGUUUCAUCAUCCCGAUGAUAAGCAAAGCGUGGACCUGUUCAAAUUAGAAGUUGCCAGAGAGCUUGUGCAGGAAAAGGGAAACAUCAAUUUUCUUAUCGCUGAUGGGCUCAAAUUCUCUCAUCCACUGCAUCACUUGGGAAAAGGACCUGAGGACCUUCCUCUCGUUGCGAUUGACAGCUUUAAACAUAUGUAUCUUUUGCCAAAGUUUGAUGACAUCAAGAAACCAGGAAGACUCAAGAAGUUUGUUAAGGAUUUGCACUCAGGAAAACUGCACAGAGAGUUCCAUCAUGGACCUGAUCCAGCAGAACAAGGACACGAGGAAGAAGAGGAGACUACUGAGACAGAGAGUCCAGAAGUAACAGGGACAGAAACAGAAACAGAAACAGGCCAAGGUGCUGAAACACAGAGGACAGGAUCAGGAAAAGCAAACAGCGGAUCAGGACGUAAAGAACAAACCUCACCCCCGGAGACUGUAUUUAAGAAACUUGCCCCUAGUUACAACAGAUACACCUUGCUUAGGGACGAAUUGUAACUGACUUUGUUUUUAAUACCCAGCUGUAAAUUUAUAAGCAGUAUUUUUGAAAAUAUAAGUAGGGACAACUAGAAGAGAAGGGAUUUUGAUAACUGUUGAUAUUAAGUAGGGAGGAGUGGAGGCAAGGCUGGUGUGACUCUUUGGGGUAGGAGUGGGGAAUUCCUCCUUUAUAACCAGGUCGUUAAAGUUAUUUGUGUUGUGUUGACAUAGGUAUGUAGUGUAACAAUCAUAAUUUAUAAACCACAACAGUGUUCAAAAUCCCUGAUUUCAAAAUGGGCAAUAAGUGAUCAAAUGAAAAGGUAAAAUUUUGACUUAGAGUCUGUCAUUAGCUUUUCAGUGGAAGAAUUCGUGUACAAGAAGGGAAUACUUCUGUAAGUGGCCAGAAAAUCCAACGGAAUAGUUGUUGAAUUUAUUGUAAAAUCUAUUCUUUUCCCCAAGUUCUCCAUUCUCUUCGCCCUUUGAAACAGACCGUUAGACUGAGGUAACGGGGGGGACAGAAAAACGGAAAUAUUUGUCUUUUAUGUAAUGGUUAGUUCAAAUGAACUCAAGGCAGUGUAACAAAAAACGUCCGCGGCAUAUUUUGUUUACGAAGGGUGAUAUGUGAUAGAUUAUUAAAGAACAAUUAAAUAUGGGACUCGUAAGACUCAAGGCAUUUUCUCUCUCCAAUAUUUGAUGAUUGACAGGAACUGGGCCCCUACCCCUCCCUUAACAAAACAGCAACUUUAGUUGUAAUGUUGGCUUAGGGGAGGGGUGAGUGCUUAGUUGCUAAGAUAUUGAAAUUGAUCCUAUUCUGUCAGCCAUGAUAAGGAUUUUUGAGAACCUUAUCUAAGUUUCUCACAUUUUUAGCUUGUGACUGAGCUUUUAGAUGAAUUUUUGUUUCAUGUACAACAACCAGGUAUUUUAUUUAUGACAAAAAAGAUGGCAUACAUUUUUGAGCUCAAGAAUCAAAAUAAAGACAUUUCUUUGUUGGAAA